AUGGAUCAGUUUAAAAAGCUCUAUCAAGAAUAUUGUAAAACUUAUCAUGUUGAACCUAAUGAAUUACUUUUAGGCGAAAUUCAAAAAGUUUCUGGUGAAGAUAAUAAAACAAAAAGUUUAAAUUUAUCAUCAUUCAAUAUUCCUGAAUCACAAUGUUCAGUAUUAGGAAAAAUUCUUACACAUGAUUUUAUAUUUACAAGUAUUCAUCUUAAUGAUUGUAAUUUAUCAAGUGAUGCUUUACAAGCCCUUCUUCAUGGACUUGUAACUAAUACAACAUGCAAAACAUUAGAAUUAAAGGGAAAUGGUAUUCAAGGAGCUGGAACUGAAGCAUUAGCGAAAGUAUUGAGAAGAAAUCAAACACUUAGAAAUUUACGACUUGAAUGGAAUCAAUUAGGUACAAUGAAUUCUCCGGCAUUUAGUAUUUUUUGUGAUGCACUUGCUGAUAAUAAAGCUUUAAUUGAACUUGAUUUACGUAAUAAUGAUAUAAAUCAUGUUGGUGGGUCAGAAUUAGCAACAGCUUUAAAACGAAAUAUAACAUUACGUGCAUUAGAUCUUCGUUGGAAUAAUGUUGGAUUAAUUGGUGGUCGAGCUCUCUUAUUACUUUGUCAAACAAAUACAACAAUAGACGAUUUACAAUUAGUUGGUAAUAAUAUACCUGAUGAUAUUAUGCAGAGUAUUGCGAAUGCAUUAUCAAAAAAUAAUGAACAACGUCAAAUGCAUUUUGGUCAUUCACAAAAUAUGGCUGUACUUUCUCGACAAUUACAACAUGUUCAUACAGAAAAAGAUCGUGAAAUAACAACAACAUUAACACGUAUGUCAAUACAAGAACAAGCAAUGCUUAAAGCAAAUAAGACAUUAACUGAAAAAUUAAAUAAAUUACAAGAAGCAUUAGAUGAAAGAAAAUUAGCAUUUUUAGCUGUAUCAACUCGAAAUACAUCACUUGAAAAUGAUUUAAUUGAAAGUAAACGACAAUAUGAUGAUGUACAGAAUGAUAUGAAACGAAUGGAAAUUGAUAAAGAAGAAUUAAUACAAAAAAUUCGACGAGAAUGUAAACAUGAAAAAGAUGAAUUAAUUGAUAUUCAAGAAAAACUUCAACGAAAUUUAAAUGAAAAUAUUGAAAAUCAACGUCGUUUAAAUGAGAAACUUCAUGAUCUUGAACGAAAAAAUGAUAAUCUUCAAACAACUAUUCGUGAACUUCAAGAAACUAUAACUAUCAAUGAUCGUAAUCAUCAAAUAAAAUUAACUACAAUAAAUGAUGAAAACGAACGUUUAAAAAUAAAACAUAAAGAAGAUUUAAAAGAUAAUGAAUUAAUUUUAAAUCGUGAUGUACAACGUUUAAAAGAAGCUCAUAUAUCAACUGAACAAACAUUUAAAGAACAAAUGAGUAAACUUGAAAAUAUUCGUACAUCACUCGAACGAGAAAUCAAUACACUUAAAUCAACAAUAUCAACACAAAAAUUAACACAUGAUGAAAGACUUCAACAAGAAAAAAUUCGAAUUAAAAAUGAAGAAGAAAAAAAACAACAAGAAAUUGAAGAUCGUUUACGGGCAUUAACUAAUUCCAAAGACGAACUUGAAUCUCGUUAUAAUCAACAAUUAAUUGCAAAUCGAGAACUUCAACAAAAGAUUAAUUUUCAAUCAGUUGAAAUUGAAACAUUUAAACGACAAGUUGAUUCGAUACAAUCGACAAUGUUAAGUAAAGAUAAUGAAAUUCUUGAAAUUCGUGAAAAAACUAAAACAGACUAUGAAAAAAAAUUACGUUCAUAUCAAAAAGAUAUUGAUAUGACUGAUGAAUUCAAAGAUCGUAUUAAACAAUUAGAAAAUGAUUUGAAAGAUCAACGUUUUACUGAUCGACAUACAAUUCGUGAGCUUGAAAGUCGUGUAACUGAGUUACAAACAACAUUAAAUCAUCGUGAUCAAGAAAUUUCACGUUUAAGACAUGAUGAAGAACAACGAUUGCACUUUUUACGUUCUGCUAUUGUUGAUUAUAUUGGUACUGGAGCUAGCUAA